UCUCCAUUUUCUUUUAACAUCUCUAAAUGAAGUUUUAUAAUUUUCCCAUCUGUUGUGAGGCAAUCCUAUGGAACUUUUCCAUACUUUAGUAGCGGCAUUGGGACUGUACGCAUUUGUCAAAACUUGCAAAAUGGAGUGAAUAUUACUGUGUGCAAAUGAAACCUUAAUCAAAAGGUUUUUGACGGCUAGGCGGCAAGAUUGUGUAAAUAAAUAGUCACUGACCUAAAAGAAUCACUUCUGCCACGCAGAAAGCCGAGAACAUCGCGACUUACGACACAGAAGUCUCAGAUGGGGCCAGUGCGUCCAGAUCUGACUAUGGGACCCCGACUGCGCAAACCUAGGGGCACUGGGGUGGGACGCAGGUGCUGCCACGCGCUGUGCCCCACCUGGGUGCCGUCACGUGUCCGGCUCAGGCGCCCUCACCUGCGUGCUGUCACCUGUGGUGCCAGUCAUGUGUCCCUCAGGGCGUGCUGUCACCUGUUGGUGUCAGUCAUGUGUCCAGGAUUCAGGCGCAGCCCCGCACCCGGGUGCGGUUAGGGGGACCCGGCUGGGCGCAGUCGCGUGCGGGGAGGGGAGUCACCUGCUGGGGGCGCACUCACGUCCUGGGGCAUUGUCACGUGACGGGGCACAGUCACCUGCUGGGGGCGCAGUCACAUGCCCCGGAGAUGCUGCCCGAGCAGGCUGGGGGCGCGGUCCCGCGUCACGUGCUGGGGGCACGGACUCCGGCCUCAUGGCCUUUGCCCUGGGCUUGCUGCUGCUGCUGCUGCUCGCGGGGACCCCCACUCGGCUCGCUGCUGCGGCUGACGGGCACCCCGAGAGCAAGUGGAUCUCCCUGAGUGGCAACACGGCCUGUGGCCGGCGUGCCGCGGAAGGGAGGGUCAUGGGCGGCGCCCCGGCCGCCGAGAAGAAGUGGCCGUGGCAGGUCAGCGUGCACUACUUCGGCUUACACGUCUGCGGCGGCUCCAUCAUCAACGAGUACUGGGUGCUGUCGGCUGCGCACUGCUUCGACCGGGGCAAAAGCGUUAAGGCUUUGGACAUGUACGUGGGCCUCGUGAACCUCAAGGUAGCCGGCAGCCACACCCAGUGGUUCGAGGUGAACAAAGUGAUCCGGCACCCCACGUACCAGUUGCAGCACCCCAUCGGAGGCGACGUGGCCCUGGUGCAGCUGAAGUCCCCCAUCGUGUUCUCUGACUUCGUGCUCCCCGUCUGCCUCUCACCUCCAGAAAUGAACCUCACCGGACUUUCACUUAAUUGUUGGGUCACCGGAUGGGGGAUGGUCUCACGGGACGGCGCCUCCUCGGACGAGCUGCAGGAGGUCCAGAUCCCUCUGAUCCCGAUGAACUUGUGCCAGUUCCUCUACGGCCACCCAUCCUUCAUCCUGCCGAGCAUGCUGUGUGCCGGGGACAUCUUGAAUUCAAAGACUGCAUGUGAGGGGGACUCUGGGGGCCCACUGGUCUGUGAAUUCAACCACACCUGGUUGCAGAUUGGAGUCGUGAGCUGGGGCCGCGGCUGCGCCAACCCUCUGUACCCUGCAGUGUAUGCCCGAGUGUCCUACUUUGCCAAUUGGAUAUCUGAGGUUGUGAAAAUGACACCCCUUCCUCGUCAGCCCGUACCCUCCCUGUCCCCAGCUCUGGGGGCCACCCUCACUGUCCUUGUGGCCACGCUGGCCGGCCCGCCAGUGUUGUGAGGGCCGGGACACCCCCUCCCGGCACCCCCAGGGGCGGCACACUCUGCCCGGCCCAGUGCUGCCCCGAGUGCCGGCACCCGCCUCGGGCCCCGGCCUGGCCCCGGGGAG